ACCACCGCACAACAAAACCUCGUGUUUCUGUGUGGCCGGACAAAAAUCGUUUCCCAGUUUUGUAGGUGAAUUUGUGGUUCAAAAUGAGUGCGUUGGCACUGGACGAGGUGCCCGGCUUUUCGCUGCACAAAGCCGAAGUAGAUUACGACGAUGAGGGGAACGGAUUCGGUGGCAAGAAGGGCAAGAAAAAGUCGGGUGGAUUUCAGGCGAUGGGUCUGAGUGCGCCGGUACUGAAGGGUAUCCUGAAGAUGGGGUACAAGAUCCCGACCCCGAUCCAGCGCAAAACCAUUCCCAUCAUCUUGGAUGGGCGCGAUGUGGUGGCGAUGGCAAAGACCGGUUCCGGCAAGACGGGUUGCUUUCUGAUUCCGAUGUUCGAGAGGCUGAAGCAACGGGAGGCAAAGGCGGGCGGCGGUGCUCGAGCGCUGAUCCUCUCGCCCACCCGUGAGCUGGCCAUACAGACGUACAAGUUCAUCAAGCAGCUGGGCCGGUUCAUGGAUCUGAAGGCGAUUCUGGUGCUCGGUGGCGACUCGAUGGACUCGCAGUUCGCAGCCGUACACACGCUGCCGGAUGUGAUUGUCGCUACGCCCGGUCGAUUUUUGCAUCUGUGCGUGGAGAUGGACCUGAAGCUUAACUCGGUCCAGUACUGUGUGUUCGACGAAGCAGAUCGGCUGUUCGAGAUGGGCUUUGGCGAGCAGUUGACGGAAACAAUCAAGCGACUGCCGGAAUCGCGCCAGAUGGUACUGUUCAGUGCGACGCUGCCGAAGCUGAUGGUGGACUUUGCUACGGCGGGACUGUGCCAGCCGGUGCUGAUACGAUUGGACGUGGAAUCGAAAAUACCGGAUACGCUCGACCUGAAGUACAUCUAUUGCCGACCGGCAGAACGGUACGCCACGCUGUUGGUGCUGUUGCGCGAAGUUAUCCCAAGCACAGCGCAAACGGUCAUUUUCGCCGGAACGCAGCAUCACGUGGAGCUGAUAUCGUUGAUGCUGACCAAAGCAGGUGUCCCGAACAGUCACGUUUACUCCGGUCUGGAUGCAUCGGCGCGUAAGAUUAAUACGGCCAAGUUUACCCACCGCAAGGUGAACGUGCUGGUCGUGACGGACAUUGCGGCCCGCGGUCUCGACAUUCCCACGCUGGACUUUGUUAUAAAUCUCCACUUCCCGGGCAAACCGAAACUGUUCAUCCAUCGUGUCGGACGUUGCGCGCGUGCUGGGCGCAGCGGAAUGGCGUAUACCAUCUUCUCCAACGACGACGUGGCCCAUCUGAUUGAUCUGCACAUGUUUCUGAACCGACCGCUCGAUGUGGCCGAUCGGAAGACGAUGGGUAUCGUACCACCGGACAUGCAGGAAACGGAGCACCUGCUGGUGCAGGAGUACGUACGGCACGUCGAUCUGGCGACGGCGUAUCGGGUGAGUAACAAUGCGUACAAGCAGUACAUCGUAACGCGACCGGCCGCAUCGGCCGCCUCGAACAAGCGAGCGAAACAGUUUAAAAUCGACGAGAUGGGAGUGCUGGAAGACUUCCAGCAGGAGAAGGCCGAGCCCGAGGCAGGAGCCAGAGGGAAGAGAUGGAAAAAGGGAAAACCCAUUUCGUUGAAGAAGAAGGAUAAAAAGGAAGAGGAAAAGAAGGAGCAGCAAGAGAAGGAAAAGGCGGAAAGCUCCAACAGCAAGCCCACGGUUGAUGCGGACGCGUUUAGGAACGAUUUCCUGGCGCGUAUGAAAAACUAUCGCCCGAAUGCGACCAUUUUCGAGCUCAACCCGAAAGCGCACGCCCGUGAGCUGGUUGCGAUGACGCAGAAGCGUGAGGCGGAUGAGGCAAAGAUCGAGAAGCAUAAGCGUAAGCUGGCCGAGCUAGAGCAGGAAGAGCAGGAGAAGCAGAAGAGCAAAGCAACGGCGGUGGUGGAGGAUGAGGAGGAGCAAAACGGUGCUGGCGGGAAACGUCGCAAGGGUCCGGUCCGUGACGAGGAGCACUUUAUCGCGUACCAAGCGAAGGAUGCGAUCGAUGAAGAUGGGUACGCGAUCGAUAAUUUCACGCGUCAGGCCAAUUCGGCCGAGCUGAGUGUGGUGGGCGAUACGGCCGAGGGACAGCGGAUGCACCGGCAGCUGCAGAAGUGGGACAGGAAGAAGAAGAAGAUGGUGAACGUGGAAAACCCGAAGGCGGGCAAGAUACGCACCGAGCACGGGGUGUGGAUUGCGGCCUCGUACAAGACGGGCCGGUACGACAAGUGGAAGGAGCGUACGAAGCUGGACGAGAAGCUGCUCGCGGAACAGGCGCAACAGUCGGACGAGGAGGAUGGAGAUGGGGCGGCACCGAGUGCACCGAUCGUACAGCGCCACUACCCGACCACGCACUGGGGCCGGCACAAUGCGAAGGCCGAUCUGCGCAAGCUGCGCGAUCUGGACCUGAAGACGCCCGAGCAGAUAGUGAAGAAGCGCAUGGAGAAGGAGACGAAGAUGGCACGCGAAAAGGCGGCCCGGCUGAAGAACAUCCAGCGCAAGAAGCGUGCGUUAGCGAAGCGUCAGAAGAAGGGAAAGUAGGCCAAUGUUCCGUUGAAGAAGACGGUGGAACGGUUGUUGGAAGGAUUAACAAUAAAGAAGAGUACAUUACAA